CGCGUCUCACCUUAACAGGAAGUUUUUAUAGCUAGCAAAGUAGUCGGUGGAUCAGGCACGUCCAUUAGAAUGAUUUAACAAAUGUUCUCCGUCUGUGGACAGCCCGACAGUGCCACAGAUGAAAUAGGGUUCGUGCAGCAGCAACUGUAAGUAAUCGUGUUAAUCGGCUUGUGUUUGUGGCGUGUAACUAAAACCAGCUUUCUGAACUUUGUGUUUGGCAUUAGCAUGUAGCUAGCUAGUGAGCUAACAUUAGCUCGGUCACGAACCAGCAGUUUGUGACAGCGGUGGCUCACACGGCUGUUUUUAUCCGAGCCCGGGCUGUUUAUUUACUCUCUGACACUUGCCAGCUAACCGGAAAGCUCCGUAACAUGAAGUUAUGGAGGAGCGAAAGCUAAAACGAAAAAGUCCCAGGACGUCCACUAAUGCGGCGGCACCGAGCGGCGGGUCCGGCCGGAAAAACAGUGCUUCGUCCGGGGGAAGGCACGUCGGCUACAGCCACAACAUGGGCACUCACUCCAGCCAGAAGAGCAAGAGCAGGAGGGGAGUGAGAGAUAAGCCCAAGUCUCAGCUGGGUCAGGGGGGCAAGGCCACCCAGAACCAAGGCCAGGCGGCCCCCACCAUCCAACACUCCUUCCUGACUGAUGUGUCUGAUGUACAGGAGAUGGAGAACGGCCUCCUCAGCCUCCUUAACGACUUCCACUCAGGGAAACUCCAAGCAUUUGGAAAUGAGUGCUCUAUUGACCAGAUGGAGCAUGUGAGGGAGAUGCAGGAGAAGCUGGCCCGUUUGCACUUUGACCUCUAUGGUGAGGUGGAUGAAAUGCCUGAAGAUCAGAGGAAAAUGGCCUGUGAUACCAACAUGGACAAACUGCUCCUAAAUCUUGAGGAGCUGAGUUCUUCUAUUCAGAAACUAAAUCUAGCAGACACCCAAGAGAUCCCACGGACUGCCAGUGUGUGAUGUUCUCGACUUGACUGGAGGUAACCUCAGCUAUGUGGUUGAACCCUACCAGAGAUGCACCAGAGGACAAGGAGAAGUUGGACUUCUUUCAAGUAUUUUGAAAUGGCAACAAAGCUGUUCACCAGCGUUUCCUUUCCACACAGGGGGAGGGUCUAAUGUCAGAAGCUGUAAUAGUGACGCACUGACAGUUUCCGUUCUUCGUCUAUACCAGCUGUGAGUGGACAUGCAGAGGCUGAUAUUCAGUAGGAAGUUAUUAACCUUAUUUUUCUACACCUCAGAACUAAAAUAGUUACUACACUGAGAUUCAACUGAAUAUUUUCCACCCUUUCUGACAAGUUCCAUACAGAAUAAUCUUUCCCUUGCAAUGUCCUUAGGAGUAAGUUGAAGAAUGUGUUGUCUGCAGUCAGAUUUACAGUAUAUGUUGGGUAUUUGUGUUGAAACUACUGUUAUGGCCAGUUAGUUGACUUACUUCUCAAAUAUUCAGAUUUGCAAUAUACAUGCUAACCAAAGUGAUAUUUACUUACCUUGUUUUAUCCAGAAUUUAUAAAUUCUACUUAAUUUUUAAAUACUUGUAUGGAUAUUUUAAGUGUUUGGUAAUCAGUGUAGUUGAAAUACUGCCUCUUUUAGCUUUCUUCAGAUACAGUAUACAUUAUAAUCACUCUGUUGCACUUUGUCUUCUCUGCUGCUAAAGGUCAGUCAGUGUCUAGAAUCACUUACGGAAGACCUCGAUCUUAUCAGUAUGCAGAUAUAUUUGUAUGUGUUAAUUUUUUUUCACUAUAGAGCUUUAAAUUUUCAUUAGGUCUUUGCUGUGCAACAUUAAAAACCUUAACAGUUGUGAUUUAGAUGAGCUGAUUUAGUGAGAAAUGCCAAAAAUAAAACAUAAUAAAUAUUGAAUACACUAGUGUGGCAGCAGAUGCUGCGCUGAAUGUUGAAAAAAAAAUAAGCUGUGACACAGUUUGUGAUCGUUUUAAUGAUUAACUGCUAUAUCACCUCUAACACAGCGUGGAAUAUAUUUGCACAUAUUCAUGCAACAAGUGAAACAUAUGGCACAUGAGCACUGGUGUGUUAGUGUGACGCUGAGAAAAUCAAAAUAAUCCAAAUGUGGACUCCACAAUCAUGCCUUAACUUUUAGUUUAGUUAUUUUUUGCCUUAUUGGUUUUCACCUUUUAAGUGACUUACAUAAUAAAUACAUGCUUGAUUAUCCUUUGGAUUCCUCAAAUGCAAGUCGAACAUAAUUGUGUUUUGAUUGUAACUUGUUUACUACCUUCUUAUUUUAACCACUGAUGUUGGGGAAUGUGGGAUUGUUUUAAAGUAUUUUACUUGACCUUGUUUGACUUAUUAAUAAAUGUGUUGUGUGAUCUAGU